AUGGGCAAACGAGCCUCAGACAUAGAUACUCUUGAAAGAUGUGACAUUCCAGCCAAUGUAGAUUGUAAAGAUAGACCUAUUUUACAGGAGGCCAAACCUAGUCCAGGUUGUCCGAGAGCAAAUGGUUAUUAUCGUCAUCCAACAGAUUGUAACAAAUUCCACAACUGCAUUGAUGGUAUACCAAAAGAAAUAUCUUGUCCACCAGGUCUAGCCUAUGAUGACAUCAUUAGUACCUGCACUUGGCCCAAAAAUAUCAAACGUGCCGAAUGCUUCAAACCCAGACGAGAAACUUUGGAAGAUGGUUUUGAAUGCCCCGAAGGUGAAACACAGACCAACGACGGCAGAAAACUUCCUCACCCAACAUUUGCCCACCCCGAUGACUGUCAAAAGUUUUACAUCUGUCGAGAUGGAGUCACGCCACAAAGAGGGUCAUGUUCUUCUGGUAAAGUUUAUAACGAAGAUACAUUCACCUGUGACGAUCCAGCUAAUGUGCCUGGGUG